GCUACGUCAUGAGGGUCUGCGGCGCUGUAUAAGUCCAGACGAGAUAGCGGCCCGAGUUUCCCCACUCCGAGCAGGACUAUAUAUCGAGAGAUCAGGGACCAAGACCUCAGCCCAAGGAUCAAGACAACGUAGCAUCCAUAUUUAAAGAAAGGAUCAAGAGUAUCUCUUAUGGACACAUUUAUCCGCCGAUGUCCCUUCCUGACGAUCGUGCCCAGAGCAUUCCUGCAGCUGGCCGGGAAGUCAUCCCUGCUCAGCUAUGCCCAGAAGUGCCCUGUGAUGAUGGAUUUGGCCACCAGACCUCUAGCCAGGGCCCUCUCCUCCUCUGCCUCGGUGUCCAAAGACGCAACAACAAAUGAAGAGUGUCCAGUCAAGCUGCCCCCAGGCCACCCUGCGCCCCCUGCUGGCCAGGCAGUGGGCUCCAAGUGCCCGUUCUUGGCGGUUGAGAUGGUGCAGAAAAACAACAGUGUGGUGAGAAAGGCCAGCCUGGAGCUGCAGGAGGAUGUCCAGGAGAUGCACUCCCUCUGCACAAAAAAAACAGUGGUGGACCUUAUCGAGACAGACAAUGCCAGCACGGGUGCGCUGAAAACCCCACUGAAACCAGGGUCUCACAGGGUAUCCCACUUACUGAGGGACAAUCUUCCUAAAACUGCUACCUUUCAGUACGACAGAUUUUUUGAACAAAAGAUUGACAGUAAGAAGGAAGAUCACACAUACAGGGUAUUCAAGACGGUGAACAGGCUUGCCCCCUCUUUCCCCAUGGCGGACGACUAUUCCGAGUCUCUCAGCAUGAAGAGAGACGUGUCUGUGUGGUGCAGCAAUGACUACCUGGGGAUGAGCCGCCACCCUAGAGUCACCCAAACUAUCAUGGACACUUUACGGAAACAUGGUGCUGGUGCCGGAGGCACAAGAAACAUUUCAGGAACAAGUAAGUUCCAUGUGGACCUGGAAUAUGAGCUGGCCGACCUGCACAACAAAGAUGCUGCACUGCUCUUCACUUCCUGCUUUGUGGCCAACGACUCCACGUUGUUCACUCUGGCAAAAAUGCUACCAGGUUGUGAAAUCUACUCUGACGCAGGCAACCACGCUUCAAUGAUACAGGGUAUACGAAACAGUGGGGUGAAGAAGUUUAUCUUCCGUCACAAUGAUGUCGGUCACCUUCGAGAGCUGCUCGAGAAGUCUGACCCUGCCACUCCAAGGAUCGUGGCCUUUGAGACAGUGCAUUCAAUGGAUGGUGCUGUAUGUCCUCUGGAAGAAAUGUGUGAUGUCGCCCAUGAGUUUGGCGCUAUAACCUUCGUGGAUGAAGUGCAUGCGGUUGGUCUUUAUGGAUCCAGGGGAGGAGGGAUUGGAGACAGGGACGGGGUGAUGCAAAAGAUGGACAUCAUCUCUGGUACACUCGGAAAGGCCUUUGGCUGUGUGGGAGGCUAUAUUGCCAGCACCAACGCCCUGGUGGACACUGUGCGCUCCUACGCUGCAGGCUUCAUCUUCACCACUUCCCUGCCACCCAUGCUGCUGGCGGGAGCCAAGGAGUCCAUCAGAGUCCUGAAAAGUGAGGAAGGUCGGAUACUGAGGAGGAAGCACCAGAGGAGCGUCAAGCUCCUCCGUCAGAUGCUGAUGGAUUCAGGCCUGCCUGUGGUCCACUGCCCCAGCCACAUUAUUCCUGUGCGGGUGGCAGAUGCGGAGAAGAACACUGAGGUUUGUGAUAUCAUGAUGGCCCGCCACAACAUCUAUGUCCAGGCUAUCAACUACCCCACAGUGGCGAAGGGGGAGGAGCUGCUGCGCAUUGCCCCCACACCGCACCAUACUCCGCAGAUGAUGCACUACUUCGUUGAGCGGCUGGUGGAGACCUGGAAGGAGGUGGGUCUGGAGCUGAAGCCUCACUCGUCUGGGGAGUGCACCUUCUGCCAGCAGCCUCUCCACUUUGAGCUGAUGAGUGAGAGAGAGAAGUCCUACUUCAGCGGCCUCAGCCACAUGAUCUCAGCAACGGCGUAAUGUCAUCUUAAAGAUAGAGCCCAGUUAACCCUACUCCAAAAGCAAAUGUAUGUCCAACAUAUUUAUUAUUAGAUUUAUGUAAUACAUAUCACUAAAUAUAUAAUGUUCUGUAUCGCCAAUAAACAUCUGGGCAAAGUG